GCUCCGAUUUGCUGGAUGAUGUUUUCUUCAACACAGAGGUAGACGAAAAAGUAGUUAGUGAUCUGGUCGGGUCUCUGGAGUCUAAGCUGAUAGGAGCAAGUCACAUCAACACAAAAGCAAAGAUCCAGUCUGCAGCAAAUCACGUCGGCAAUUCAGCUGUAGGUAGUAAUUCCAAUGUUCAGGGCAGCAAAAUGGGACUUUCACAACAAGAGCUUGCUAAAGCAGGUAAGAUAGCUGCCCACUCCGGUUAGCUAACAUUAGCUUAUUUUGGUCACGUUGUUAAACUGAUUAUAGCUAACUUAGCUUCACUUGUGUGUUUCCCGAAACUAAUGCGAAUCGGAGAGUUGUUCGACACCCCCUUGUUUUCACGUGUUUCCGCUGCUGUAGGGACAGGAGUGCAAGGAGGUAUCAUUAACAGUACGGGAUCCCUCGGUUCGAGCAUGGAUGGAGCAGCAGGGACCACAUCGGCGGCUGGAGCGAGCAUGACAGCCGCUCAGAGUCAGUCCAAGUCGGGGACAGCUAGCGGAGUCGUUACGGUAGUAUCAGAUGCAACGUCUUGUGCCGGGAAAGCUGGAAAAACUGGUGUUCAAACUUUAAAUGGAAGUUCUGUGGUGAUGAACUGUCAUAUCCCCGGAGGUGCGUCUGCUGACAGCAGCGGCAGCAACUCCCAGCCCGCUGUCACGUUUGUAAACAACGGACCUAUAUCUGUGAGCAAAGGAAACACGGCAGUUUUGUCUGCUGCACCAAGUACUAUUAUUCGGACUACAUCGGCUAGUGUACACAAUGCCGUGACUUCGCCUGUGAUUUCGUCUCAACCCUCUGUGAAAAGUGUACCCACGGUCACGCUUGUGAGGCCACCUAUGCAAACUCCAACUAACACCUCACAAAGCGGAGGCAACUCUGCCACAGUCUCAACAUCACCAGCCGUCAGUGUCACCAGCACGGCUGGCCCUCUCGUCAACAAAGUCGACUUCACAAAGACUAUAAUGCAGACUGGUGUCGUGGCUUCAACUGUUGCGACAGGGACAACCGCAACCAUGAGGAGUCCUACUGUUUUGCAAAACUUGAGGACUUCAGUGCCGUCAACGAUCGCUGCCACUACUCCCGGUGGAAUACGAACUAUUGCUCCACAGGUGUUGGCCCCUCGACUCACCCAGCCUCAGCAAAACGCACCAAAUAUCCAAAACAUUCAGCUCCCACCAGGCAUGGUCUUGGUUCGCAGUGAGAGUGGGCAGCUGCUGGUGAUUCACCAGCAGACCUUGGCUCAGAUGCAGGCUCAGUCGCAGUCCCAAAGCGCCAUGACUCCGCGACCUGCAGCCCCCACAAGCACUCCACCUGUCCAGAUCACAUCUCUACAGGCUCCAGGUGCGUCACUGCUGGCUCGUUCGGUUACCCCCACCACUAUUAUUAAACAAGGUCCCACAGUCCAGACUACUGUGACGGCCGCCACCAAACUGCAGAGGCCUCCUGUGCUGCAGAACACCAUCAUGCUGGGGGGAACUGCCACCACCCCGGGUCAGCCACUAGGAACGCCCACCACAGUACAGCCUGGAUCUGCAGCCACAGCAGUAACACAGAGGGUAGGGCCCCUUGGAGCCACUGGGACCCCUGUCACUCCGACAGCUGUCACAGCUGAGACACUGGAGAAUGUAAAAAAGUGUAGAAACUUUCUGUCCACGCUGAUCAAGCUGGCAUCCAGCGGGAAACAGUCCUCUGAGACUACAGCCAGCGUUAAGGAACUGGUCAAGAACUUGCUGGAAGCAAAGAUAGAGCCUGAAGAUUUCACCAGCAGGUUAUACCGGGAGCUCAACUCCUCACCACAGCCGUACCUUGUGCCUUUCCUGAAGAGAAGUCUCCCAGCGCUGCGUCAGAUGACCCCAGACUCCGAGGCCUUCAUUCAGCAGAGCCUGCUGCCUCAGCCCAGCACUCAGCCUGCUGCAGCAGCUGCAGCAGCUUCCACGGCCCUCACCGCUGUGGUACUGCGACCUCCUCUCUCCACUGCCACCACCACAGCCACCAGCACUGCCGUGACCAAAACCACAGUCAUCAGCCUCACUCAGGCACCUCACAGUAAACCAGGACUGAUUGUGCCACAACAACAGGGGGCGAUGGUGAGGCCACAGGUGACGCUGGCUCAGUCUCCAAUGGUAACACUCAGAGGACAACCGCACAGCCGCAUCAUUGUGGGCCAGCCACAGGUGGUCAAACAGCUGCAGACAGUUUCAGCAGUGAAGCAGACGUUGGCUCCAGGGGCCAAAGGAGUACAAGUAGUCAGUCAGGCCCCUCUCACUGCUGCUCAGAAGAACAAGCUGAAGGAAGCAGGAGGGGGAACCUUCAGGGAUGAUGAUGAUAUCAAUGAUGUGGCCUCCAUGGCAGGAGUCAACUUGUCAGAGGAGAGUGCCCGUAUCUUAGCAACCAACUCUGAGCUUGUUGGCACAAUGACUCGUUCCUGUAAGGAUGAGGCCUUCCUGUCCACCUCUUCACUCACUCGGAGAGCUCUUGAGAUUGGAAAGAAGUUUGGUGUCAGCGAAUUGGGAACAGAUGUGAUCAACUUCAUUUCCCAUGCUACACAGCAUCGACUACAAAACCUGCUAGAAAAGGUGUCACAAGUGGCACAGCAGAAGAACUUAACCUUCAAGGAGGAUGAGCGGUGUGAGCAGGUGAGCGAUGUGCGAGCCCAGCUCAAAUUCUUCGAGCAGCUGGAUCAGAUGGAGAAGCAAAGGAAGGAAGAGCAGGAGAGAGAGAUCCUGUUGAAGGCUGCCAAGUCUCGGUCUCGGCAAGAGGACCCCGAGCAGCUCCGACUUAAACAGAAGGCCAAAGAGAUGCAGCAGCAGGAGCUGGCUCAGAUCAGGCAGAGAGAAGCCAACCUAACGGCAUUGGCAGCAAUUGGCCCCAGGAAAAAACGGAAAAUGUACUCUCCUGUUAGAGGUGACAGUGCAGAGGGCUCAGGGUCAGGGCCCUCCCAGCCUGGAGUCUCUGGUGGAGCAGGGUCCAGACAGUUUAUGCGACAGCGUAUCACCAGAGUCAACCUCAGGGACCUGCUCUUCUGCCUGGAGAAUGAAAGAGGGACCAGUCACUCACACCUGCUCUAUAAAGGCUUCCUGAAAUAACAUCCACAUUAAAAUGACUAACCUCACUCAGUGGCAUUAAGGAAGCAGAGUUGACUGUCAGCUCAGAUCCUCUCUACCGGUACAUUCUUUGAUUGCCCACUGCUGAAUGAAGAGACGUUUGUCUAUGGGAAGAGAAUUAUGUGGAACACUGAAGGGACGUCAGCUUCUAAAAGCCUCUUCGAGCACAAGCCUUUUGUAUUUUCAGCGCAGAAAUGGAGCAAAUAUUGGAACUUGGCCCUGAUUUCAGUGUGCCUCUCAGCUCAGUUUGCUCUUCAGAGACCAGUUGCACUCAACCACACUUCCCUCAUGCACUGCCUCAUGCUGCACAGAAGAAAAAUCUCUAACUGAACUGGGCACUUCAGAUUUGAAAACCUUGUCAGUGUCCUUGCACUGAUAUCUGGGUUGUAGCAGCAAAUCUCUGCGAAUUGGUUCCAUGUUAGAUUAAUGUGCAACAUUCAGGUGCAGCCUGAUUUUACAAAACUGCAGUAAUGCUAAUUUUCUUGACCAUGUUAACGUAAACACUCUGUUUAUUUAAGUUUUUAACAGAGAUUUUAAUUUAUCACACAUUUCUACUAUAUUAGAGCACCGUUUCAAUGCCUGUGGAUUGUUUUACAGAGAUUAAUCUUGACAAGUCUUGUCUUCUGAUCAGUUGCCUUCUUCAGAUUAAGCCAUAUGGAUUAGAAUGUGUUGUUCAUUUUAAGUAACUUCAUCUAUCCAACAGUUCUCUCCAGAUUUGUAGGAUGUGUGUUUUUUUUUUCUUUUUUUUUUGUCUUUGCUUGAUUGGAAACAAAAAUUAUUAUUUAUAUGUGUUGUGCAUGGUGUUAUAGCAGGUGUUGGUAUUUGAACAGUGAGAGCUCCUGACACAGGCUGUUAUUCAGGUUCUAGCACAUUUGCUACACAGACUUAGUAUACUUUACAUCCCUAUCAAACAUUUUUAAAUCAUUUUGUUCUGUUUCCAGUAAUUUCUUCAGCAAUGGUAAAAAAUUCAACUGGCUUUCUGUCAAUAUCCUGGUGGCAAGCUAUCUGAUAUUGUUAUUUAGAAAAUCCAAGAAUAAUGAAACAUUCACAUUAUGAAAAUAAUUAUCUGGAUUUGGCUCUGUGCUUCUUGCAUAAUGUUACCAAGAAGCCACGCUAUCAAGUCAUUUUCCUGCCUUUUACAAAUGUCAGACAAAGACUUGUUUCAAUUAAGAUGUUGAAGUAACUUCUGGUUAAAAUGUAUUUGGGCAGGACAUUUUCUGUGAUGGAUCGUCCAUCUCAAACACAUUUGUUCUUUGCUUUUUGUACCAUUUUAAAAAGAAAAAAAAAAGAAGAAUGGACAUAGGUGGCUGCCUAAUGUUACUUCAACAAAUAAAAAUAUAUCAAUAUGGUCUAAAUUGGAACUGAAGUUGCUCUUAGUGAUGUAAAGUCUUCAUGCUGUGUCACAUAUGUGCUAUAAUGUGAAUUUUAAGAAAUGGGAAUAUGGAGAAAUGAAACCCAGUCCUUUAAGUGAAUCACGCAUUUUUAAGUUGUGCAUCCACAUUUUUACAUUUUAAUAAAUGAUGUUGGUCAUGUUUGGAAAACAUGGGCAUGAAAUGCAGAACAAGGAUUGCACUUUGACAGAUCAGUUUUCUAAAACUAGUCGAUCAUAUGAACAUACCCACUUUAUAACUUUUUGUAUUUUUAGUGCACAUACUAAUUUGGUCUUUAUACCUUUUGUCAUUUUAUGAAAGAAUGUUUAUGGACAAA